CCAUUUCACCCGAGCGCGCUUCGAUAUCUCGAAGAACAAAAAUACCGGAAGUCGCGCUCGGAGCGCUCCGCGCGGCGCGUUCGGCCGGCCGCACCACACCCCCCUCCACCGCAGGUGGUAGAGUCGUCGGUUUGUUUAUUUCGGCUUAGCGUUGACUGUUUGAGGCAAACGAAGACACUUUUCCGACUAAUUCGAGGCCGGGGAACACGAUUCUGCCGUCAGAUUUCUUAUAGAAUGUGAAUUACACCUGGUGUCCGACUGGUUUAACUGCAACUGCUCUCCCUUUUCUCAACCUCAAAGUGCAUUUCGCUUUCAUGGACAGUUUUCGAAAACUAAUAAGUCGCCGUGAAUGUGAUGGGUACCCAACCUAUUAAGUUUACUGAUUUCGGGCUUCCUCCCAUUGGGGGCUGCCCCCUCAAUGCAUGUCUUCAGGUGUUGUUCCACUCACCUAGUUUUAUAAGCUAUAUGGUGAGUUCAGACCACAAGUUGAAGUGCAUUGCCUCUGACAACUGUGUUUUAUGCCUUGUUCUCAAAAUAUGGGAACAUGUGAACCGAAACAUGUAUUGUGGCAAUCUUAAUUCUGAAUUAUGUAAACUUUUAGGGUGCACUGCUGAAUCAGAUGUAUUUUAUGUUAUGAGCAGCAUUGUCUCUGAAAUGCAUUAUGCAUUUCAAAGAAUUGAACCUAGCUAUGAACUCUCUCCUAUUUUUGACUCUUUUGGUGGCAUUAUUGAAAUCCAAAAUUUGUGCCAAUGCCAUGGCAUUCAGGAACCCACAGGGGAAUUGUCCAUUGGUGCGAAGGUUUUUAUUAAUGCAAAUGAAAAUCUGCAGCAGGCCAUUGACGAACUGUACAGCUCGAAGAAUGUGUUGUGUGAAACCUGUGGUUCUGAAAAGCAAAUUCUAAAAAAGGUCUUACAGUUGCCUGAUAUUUUUCUGAUUUCUCCAAUUAGACCGGAGCUUGAACACUAUGUUGUGCCUUCAACUGUUAACUUAGGUCCUGGCAAGAAGUAUGAAGUUAUUGGGUCUAUUAUCAAUGGCACAACAGCCAAUGUAAAAACCUAUUCUGGCACUUUUGUUCAACUACAAGACAAAAGGAAAAGGGGUGUAUCAUGGCACAAGGUCCAAAAUGUUGAUGCUCAAAACAGUUGUCAAGUUUUAGUGUAUCAGAGUGUGUGUGAAGGGCCACUAAAAUUUAGGGAAGUGAGAACUCCAAAGAAAAUGAAGUGUUCUACUCCUAUAGGGUCAGCUCGUUCCACCACUACUGCAUGGAAUGUUACUCCAAUUGUUCAGCCUGCUCCACCUGUUACAUCAGGACGGAGGUUACAACCGAAGCGGCUGGAUUAUGGUGUACCACUGGCUCCACAUCAAUCCUCAAGUGCUUCAGAGAAGAUGAGUCCAGCCAAAUCCAACUGUGGAGCGAGUCCCAGAACCCCUAGUCAACGGAGCAGGAAAAUCAAAUAUGUGCGACUAAGAAGUGUUGUCAGUUAUGAAUUCUGUUGUAAAGACCCAAAGAAAUUCAAGCAUUUCACUGGUCUCUCCAUUUAUAACUUUAAAGUGCUCUACAAUUUGCUGGGAGGUGAUCAAGAAAUAAGAAGACUGAAAGUGAAAGGCUAUGCAGGAAGAACACCGAAGAGAUUCAGUGUCGAGGGGAAGCUCUCGUCAAAGGAUAAAUUGUUGAUGUUUCUUUGGAGACUUAGAAGAGGAAUGCCCCUUCGAGACCUUGCCUACAUUUUUGGUGUUGGUCUCACAACCUGUUGCCAGGUUGUGUAUGCCAUGCUCCGAUACCUGUGCCUAACUUUUCAAGGUCUAGAAAAGGACAUGUUUAUCUCUGCUCAAGAUCAAAAGAAGAAGCCGAAGCCUUUCAAGCCCUUUCCAAAUUUGAGAGCUAUCAUAGAUGGAUUUGAAAUUUUCAUUCAAACACCCAGUAAUUUCCAGCAACAGGGUAAUACAUACUCAGAUUAUAAAGCCCACAAUACGAUACGGUUUCUUGUGGGCAUAUCCUGUCAUGGAGGCAUUUUGUUUGUCAGCCCUGGUUAUGAGGGUAGUAUGUCAGAAAAACAAGCCUUAAAAGAGAGCGGCUUCAUGGAUUUUUUGGAACCUGGUGAUGUUAUCAUGAGUGAUCGUGGUUUUGCUAUAAACAAUGACUUACUUCGAAUAGGUGUGGAUGUCUUGAAGCCACCCUCCCUGGAUGGACGUCCCAAGUUCACACCCGAAGAAGAAAUCUUGACAAGAGCCAUUGCCAGUGCCAGAAUCUAUGUGGAGCAUGCAGUUCGUUUAAUUAAAGUGAACCGUCUCUUGCAAGGUAUUAUCCCCUUGAAGUUGCUUCCAACUAUUUCUGACUAUGUGUAUGUAGCUGGGUAUUUAGCCAAUUUUGGGUAUAAAACUUUCCAAGGCAGUAAGAAUAGAAAUAAAAAAUGUUGAAGAAAGAAUACAUGUGAGGCUCAGUUGGAAAAUCUGUAGUUAUUGUGUAUUGUACUUUGCCAAGUUUGGAUAUGUAUUUCCAAGGCAGUAAGAAAGGAAAAUAAAAGCAGAUGUGAAUGAUGGAUGGAUGUAAAGCACAGUUGGAAAAUUUCUUGUCAAAGUUUGUAUGUAAAACCAAUAAGGGCAAUAAGAAAUGAAAAUGAAUUGUGAAUAAAUGAUAGAUAUAAG